CCCGGGUUUCCUCUUGUGAGGCAACCAACCUCACUCACCAGACCAAUAAGGAUGAUGAUAUUGGAUGGCCUUGGCCUUGGCCAUGCGGGUUUUCAGUGAGUCAGUUAGUGUCUCUGAAAUUCGCUACUUUCUCUUUCCUUCCACAAACCAGUGAAAUACCCCCCUUGACACAGAGUACACUUCCGCAGGACACAGUCUGGCUGGGGUACUCAAUAUGUUGCACCUAUUAAAACUUAUCUAGGCUUACAGAGGUUCCUCUAUCUGUAUAAGUAAAAAAGAGUGGGAUUUUCCGUCAUUCCGGUUGACUCUUUGAUCUUAAAUAGAUAAGUAUUAAAUAAAAAUAAAAAUAUGUAAAUGUGUUUGGACGGUACUAUCCGAAGACAUAUUAUAAAAACUGUGCUGCAACAUGGUUCAACGAUGUUGUGUUCCCCUUUGUGACACCAAAGUUGGACAAGUGGACGUAAAAGGAGCAAAGGUGCGUUUUCAUCGAAUUCCUUUGACCCCUGACAAGUUUCUGAAAUGGCGACAGCAAAUCACGAACCAUGGUCAUUACACACCAGAGCUGACGGUGAACUCCAGAAUAUGUUCCAAACACUUUCUCCGAGAGGACUACAUUGUGGAUGAUGAGCAAAAACCGGGGACGGCAGGAAAUCAUGUGCUUGCCAAAGACGCCGUCCCCACCAUCUUCAAGUGGACUGACGAGGCGAACGCCACCCUGUCCAGAGCAAUCCCCUUCAUAAAGAAAUCAGAGCUACAAAAUACUUUGAAUGGUCUCAGUGCAGCCGCAGGGCCGAAAAAUCAGGGAGUGCAAUGCAGUGGAAGUGCAGUGCAUUCCCUGGAAGUGAAGAAGCUGAAACAUGAGUUGGAUAGAAAAAAUGUAGUAAUUCGUCGACUUUUGGAUGAAUUGGAUGAUCAUCAGGUAAGAUCAUCGUCGGGGUCCAAUAAUAAGGGCAAAUCAAUUGGAGAAACUCAAGAUUCCGUUAAAAGAAAGGAUGAGGGGACAUCCGUCGUCGUACAAACGAAAGAAGAAUUGCAUACUAGUCUUCCCUAUCUUUCCAAACAGACUAAAUCUGAGACUUUUUCCAUUGCUCAUUCCCCUGAGAUGCCAACCCUUACACCUUCUGCUUUUACGCCGACGAUGUUACCUGGGCAUGCCGUUAUCAAGGCUAACACUAUUAGCCGCAGUAGUAACACUACAGUGGCAAACUUUGUAACUAUUUCUACUCAAACCAAUAAUGAUACCCAAGAUAUAAAUUGUUCUGGUGAAGAGUCUCAGCCUAAUAAUGUUGUACAAAGAGUUUCUGUCAUUAAAAGAGCUGGUUCUUCUUGUUCCACAAGAAGUCGAGAUAUUUUAAUGCCACCAAAAAAACGCAAACUAAACUAUCUCUACUUAUGAUGAAAAAAAUGUUUACAUUAUUGGUUGACUCGACAAAUCAAUUAAAUGUAUUCCAUGAUUAUUUUUGUACCUAAUUCUAUUUUAAAUAAAAUAUGUAUACAUAUUUGAUACAAAAUUAUCAUUAAUUCGUAUGUAUAUAUACAACAACGGUGUAUGAUUAUUCAAUAAAUAAAUAAAUAUAUAUAUAUUAUUAUCACACAGUUAAGAUUUGAAAUUACAAUCAAAUAAUCGGCCUUUAAACAUAAAACCAU